AUGGGCAACCCGGCCACGGUGUGCCUUCUCAAUGCCGCCACGGACGAGCGCUGGAUGCAGGCCGCCGCCGUCGAGUUCAACCUCUCCAAGACCACCUUCCCCCUCCGCGACGAUGGUGGCUCCUUAUCCCCUGCCGCCGCCCCUCUGUUCCAGCUCAAAUUGUUCACCCCCACCAUCGAGCUGUGCCCGGCCGACCUCUUCAGGUUCGUCCUCGUGGAGCACGACGCGGCCGUGGAGUUUGUGACCAAAUCCGGGGUCUUUAUCGCCAAGAAGGUUCCUGCGGCGACGGGCGUCUCAGGUGAGGGGAAGCGGUUCAUCGAGCUGGAUCCCAUGAUCGAUUUUGUAGCCAUCCUGCCGAGCUGCCCUCGAUCCCCAAGACCCUCAACGGAGCUACCACUGCAGCGUUCACAAAUCCGCGGCCGGUGA